AUGGCGGGAUGGGAGAGUAAGGAAAAUGAGGUUUAGUCGUGAGAUACGUGUUGAUGUUUACAAACUAAAAGUUUCAUGGAAUUGCAUGUAGUAUUAGGUAGGUUUUAGAUUAUAAAUCUUGCGAUGGCUCAAGCUAAACAUAAUCUGCCAGAAACAUCUAAUGGUACCUUGAAGGAAAAAGAAAAAGAUAAUAAUGAAGAUAAAGAAGGUUCUAUUACGAUACCAGAAUGUGCAGUUUGUCUUCAACCUUGUAUACAUCCAGCUAGAUUACCUUGCAAUCAUAUAUACUGCUAUUUGUGUGUAAAGGGCGUUGCUAAUCAUAAUAAAAGAUGUCCUAUGUGUCGUCAAGAAAUGCCAUCUGAUUUUGUUGAAAGACCGCAAUUAGUAGAAGUCGAUGAAGUACAAAAGGAAUUAGAACGACCCGAGGAAGAGUAUCAAUGGUUUUAUGAAGGCAGAAAUGGUUGGUGGAAAUAUGAUUCAAGGAUCAACAAGGAUUUGGAGACAGUGUAUAAACUAGGAUGGUGGCAAUAUGAUCAACGUACAAGUCUUGAAUUAGAAACUGCUUACAAACAAGGGAAGAGGACUUGUGAAUUAUUAAUUGCAGGGUUUUUAUAUAUUGCGGAUUUCGGUUCUAUGCAUCAAUUACGUAGGAAUGAUCCUUCCAGGAGAAGAAGAAUUAAACGGGAUUUGUAUAAUGUUCCAAAGAAAGGAGUUGCUGGUUUAAGAUUGAAUGCUCAAGAAGAAGAAAUGAUUAGAGAAAUAAGAGGUGCGGAAAGGCCAGCAAGUCCUGAGAGCGAUACUAUAAGUGGAGAUGGUACAAGUACUCCUAUACCUCCAAGUAAUACGCCACAAACACCAGCUGGUGGAACUGCAAGUGGAGAUGCUACACCACUAAAUGAUAGAAUAGAUCAAAGAUCAGAUUCUUUACAUCAGGUUCUAGAACAAAUGCGUUCAUUAGUAUUAAGAGAACAUUUAUCAUUUAAUAGUAAUAAUGACCUCGAAGAAACAGCAGAGGAUGAAUCAGUAUCUGAACAUUCUAUACUUCCUUGUUUACCUACAUCACAUGAAUUAGAUGAAGGUCAUUUGUAGAAAAUAGAAAUAUGAAUUUGAUCUUCUUACUUAUUUAUAAUAUAUCAAAUUAUCGAGAAAUAUAAUGCAACCAAAGAAAUAUGUUAUGGUUGAGAAUCACAAAUAUAAUAUUAAGAAAUAAAUAUUAUUCUGUGAUAUGCUACAGUGCGCAGAGCGUUCUUUAAUAUCAGUUUGGGAUUGAUAAGAAAAAUUUCUUAAAAUUUGAUUCAAGAAAAUAUUAAAAUUAUUGAUUAUAUAUAAUAUCGAGAUAUCGAUCAGCACUUGUAAAACAGUAUUGAUGAAAUCAUCUAAUGUAAUAUAUAACUUAAGUGUUCCUAGUAUUCUUUUAAUUACAUACAAAUGAAAUAUAAAAAAUAAUUUUGGAUUAUAUAAUGAAAUAAAUUAGGUACUUAAAGUUUCUCUGGAAAUAAAACAUUUAUUAUAUUUAUUAUUAAAUAUCAUUCAUUCCAGAAGAAAUAUUCAAAUGUAAUGAAAUACUUGAAGUAUUAAGAUUACUUUCAAGUUUGAUAUAAUAUAUUCUAAAAUAAAGUGUUCAUCUGUGCAACGAAAAUUAUAGUAUGAAUCUCAUUUAUUUUUACAGGAAAUGUUAUUGUAUUUAAUUAUGUACAUAGAUUUAUUGCGAGAAAAUACAUUAUGAUAUUUUGCAGAACAUAAAUGUAUAUCUCAAAUUUUAUAUUUUUAAACAAUUUGAUACCUUAUAUUUCUUAUAAAUAAAAUAUUAAUUAUUUUUUCGAAUGUUUAUAUAAUUUUUCUCAAAUAUAUAUUUAAUAUUUUAUGUUUAAAAAAUGAGAUAAAACUGUUUUGAUAUUUGAAGUUAGUACCAACUUUGACCAUAAAGGUAUGUAUAUAUCGAGAAAGAUAAGAUAGUUUGCAACCUUUCGUUCAAAGCAUGUGCAACUUCAAUGACAUUUAUGAGUAAAAUAUAGAAAUAAAGGUGCAGUGUCCCAAUGUGCCUAUUGUAUAAAUGUAUAAGCUGAUGUAAGUUAUACUUGUCUUGCAUAUAAUUGGCUUAAUGUAGAAUAUUAGUACUAGUAGCAUUAAUUCACACAUUUUGAUCUCUCAUAUUUAUACUCUUUGAUGGUAGCGUGCGUCUAUUUAUAUAUAUAUAUAUAAAUGCAUAAAGAAUAAUAAAUAUAAUUUGUAUAUAUAAUAAUAUAUGCAUUUACUACAAAAAAUAAAAUUUUGUCGAUUGUUUUGUCAACAAAUAAUACUUACUGAAUAUAUUCUUAUAUAUUAUAUAGUAUUUCUAUAAAAAUCCAAAUAUGAAUUCGUUUCAUACUAUUUAUAAAAUAGAAUUUCCAGCGCCAUUUUUUGGAAUUUGCCCUGUA